GUGAACAACGAGUUUGACGCCUUCAACGUAAGCAUACUGAUAUGCAGAAGGGAUGCUGUGACUCACUCUCCCCACAACUUUGUUCAAUGAUGUAACGCAUGGUUGUGGCAUCUCUAAGGUACUUGCAAAGUAAACCAAAAAAAAGCAAGAUGAGACAACAUAAAACCACCGCAAAGAGACCAUGCUAGUAGACGAAAAGAAACGAUUAAGUCAAGAACAUUAGUUGCUUUGAUGUAAUAGAAAAAAUAAAGGAGGGAGGCUUAAAAAGGGGCAUUAAAACACGUUUUCAAACCAAUUGGAGCUGUUUCAGUGGGUGUGCAGCGAAGAAACUGCAGUUACAUCAGGGAGGUGUGGACACUGUAAAAAAUGACGACGUUCUCUGCUCAUUCAUCUUAGUUCUGAGCUUUUAAGAUAGUUGCCUCCCUUUUUUAACCCCCAGAAAGCUUUGGAGUAACUGUUUUUUCUUCUUCUUUUCUUUGAAAGUUGACAGCGCUCCCAGAAUGUUCUGGAACACUACAUUUAGGUGAACCAAAGUGACGUUUUUCUGCAGAAAUGUGUGGAGUUGAAAUGAGACGGUGAGGAGUCCGCUCGCAGUAAAAAAAAAAAAAAAAAAAGGUCGAGCCAAACGGCGCGCGGGCAGCAGCGCGCGCUCAGCCACACUGAAAGGGCGGGCGUUUCUUUUUACAGUGCGCUGUGCCUCCGUUGCUGCUCGGGCUGCCUCCACACAUCACAACCACCUCGAGGACGGGAUUUACCCGCGUGCGAGUCCCACGCGCUCCCACAGCGACGCGAAACAAACUGAUGCGGGCGGGCUUUUCUCGCGCCGCGGACUAACUAACGGCCACCUGCUCGGGCGUCUGAUGGAGGGACAGGAUGGGGAAUCCGGCGGCGAUCAGGGACCUGGCUGCUUUUGACGGAGAACCGCGGCAACUUUCACUCCUCCUCACACUCUUCUCCUCUUCUCUCCGCGCGUGUCUCUGAAGCGCAACAGCAUGCAGAUCUCUCCUCUGGAAGACAAGAUCCCAGUCAUGGGAGCACCUCCAAGCCCCCAAGUAAGAAGCGAAGGCCUUCAUUUCCUUGAUGGCAAGCGGAAAGUCGACUACGUCCUGGUUUUCCAUCAACGUCGACACAGCUCCAUACGAUCUCUAGUCAGCGGCUCCGUUUCACAGGACCAGUUAUCCGUAGUCUCCAAUGGCAACUUUCCUCCAACGAAGGGCUCUGAUCCAGCAACAGGAAGAGGAGCUGACAUUCUGGGAGGGGAGGCGGCAAGCGUCGGCGAGGUGUUCAUGGAGCUUGGCAGCGCAAAAGGGAGCGAGCCCAUGGAGGCCAUUGACCAAGAGAUGCACCUGAUCAGACAGGAAUUUGAGGCCAACCUGCUGGAGGCGGGUCUGGAGAUCGAGAGGGAAAAAGAGGUAAAACCCAACGGACCCAGUUUCACUCGGAUCCACGCGCCCUGGCCUGUUCUGUGCAGAGAGGCUGAGUUUCUGAAGAUCAGAGUUCCCACCAAGGCGAGCUAUGAGCUGAAGGAAGAAAGAGGGUUUGGGUCCAGCAUGAGUUCAAUAUGGAGGAAGCUGAACCAGCCCUUCCAGCCCAAAGUGUCUCUUCAGGACCACGGCAGCACCAAGUUUCUGUCACACUGCUUCUCCAGGGACAAGCUUCACCUGUACAACAUCUCGUCUAAAGACACAUUCUUUGACAAUGCUACCAGAGGCAGAAUAGUGUAUGAGAUCCUGAGGCGGACAGUGUGUGUUCGGACAUGUCAGACGAUAGGAAUCAGCACUUUGAUAGCGAAAGGAGUGUACGAUUCUGCCUUUCCCCUCCACGACGGUGACUAUAAGGUCAUCGGACACCUGGAGGAGCGUAACGACAGACAGGUUCUGCAUGAAGAGUGGGCCAGAUACUCAGCCUUCUACAAGUUCCAGCCCAUUGAUCUGGUCAGGAAAUACUUUGGGGAGAAGGUUGGCCUGUACUUUGCUUGGCUCGGCGUUUACACUCAGCUGCUCGUCCCGGCCUCCAUAGUGGGAAUCAUUGUGUUUGGCUACGGGGUUGCAACAGUGGACACUAAUUUACCCAGUCUGGAGAUGUGUGACGAGCGUUUCAAUUUCACCAUGUGUCCUCUGUGUGACGGGGCCUGCGACUUCUGGCAUCUCAGCACUGCCUGUGGCACCGCCAGAGCGUCACACCUCUUCGAUAACCCCGCCACAGUCUUCUUCGCCAUCUUUAUGUCCCUGUGGGCCGUGCUUUUCCUGGAGCACUGGAAGCGCCGGCAGAUUAGUCUGAGCUUCAGCUGGGACCUGACGGGCAUAGAGGAAGAUGAGGAACACCCCCGACCCAAAUACGAGACCAUCCUGCUCCAAAAGAGACAGAGGAAGCAGAAAACUAAGAAAAAGAGGAAAAAAAGUGAGCCAGAGAAGCAGGAGGACGGGGCAGUGACAGGGAAGGACAGAUGGAGACAAAAACUACUGUCUGCCAUGGCUGCAGGAGCACCGCCUGCUGUUGAUAAGCUGACCUGGAAAGACCGUCUUCCAGGAUACUUCAUCAACAUUUCCUCCAUCCUUUUCAUGUUUGGGCUGACGUUUUCUGCGGUUUUCGGCGUAAUCAUCUACCGGAUCACAGUGUCCGCCCUGAUGGCGAUGAGCCCGGACCCAGAGACCAAGUCCAAUGUUCGGGUAACAGUGACGGCCACUGCAGUCAUCAUCAACCUUGUGGUUAUCCUGGUUCUGGACGAAAUCUAUGGAGCAGUGGCACAGUGGCUGACUGAGCUAGAGAUUCCCAAAACAGAAACCAACUUUGAGGAGCGGCUCAUCAUGAAAGCCUUCAUGCUCAAGUUCAUGAACGCAUACGCUCCCAUCUUUUACGUGGCAUUCUUUAAAGGACGAUUUGUGGGUCGACCUGGGAAUUACGUUUACGUUUUUGACAACUACCGCAUGGAGGAGUGUGCUCCAGGAGGCUGCCUCAUUGAGCUGUGCAUCCAGCUCAGCAUUAUCAUGCUGGGAAAACAGCUGAUCCAAAACAACAUAUUUGAGAUCGGCAUCCCCAGGAAGUUAAAGAAGUUGAUACGAUCGUUGAAGGAGAAAGAAGCAACACCGAACGCCAGGGAGGAUGAAAAACCUCCCCAACAGUGGAACCUGGACUACGCCCUGGCCCCCUUUGACGGUCUAACGCCAGAAUACAUGGAAAUGAUUAUCCAGUUUGGUUUCGUCUCUCUGUUCGUGGCUUCGUUCCCAUUGGCGCCACUCUUUGCCUUGUUGAACAACAUCAUCGAGAUCAGACUGGAUGCUAAGAAGUUUGUAACGGAGCUGCGCAGGCCCGUCGCUGCACGCGCUAAAGACAUUGGUAUAUGGUACAACAUACUGAGUGGAAUGGGCAAACUGUCAGUCAUUAUAAAUGCCUUUGUGAUCUCCUUCACGUCUGACUUCAUCCCUCGGCUCGUCUACCAGUACAUGUACAGUCCGUCUGGCACCAUGCACGGCUUCAUUGACCACACACUCUCCUACUUUAACGUAACCAACUUUAAGCCUGGCUCUGCGCCACAGAACUCAGCGCACGAAGACGUCACCUUUUGCCGCUAUAAAGACUACAGGGAGCCCCCCUGGUCUUCAGAUGCGUACCAGCUCUCCAAACAAUACUGGAGCGUCCUGGCGGCCAGACUGGCCUUCGUCAUUUUGUUCCAGAAUUUGGUGAUGUUCCUUGGCCUCAUCGUGGCUUGGGUGAUCCCUGACGUUCCCAAAACCAUCGUUGAGCAGCUCAAGCGAGAGAAGAAGCUGCUAGUAAACCUGUUUCUACAGGAAGAGAAGGAGAAAUUCCAGCUCAUUCAGAGCCUCUUCACCAAGGAUUCCAUCCUCCAGUCCAACAGCCAACCGUCCAACCCAUCCCAGGGCUUACCCAUCCUGGGCCGCUACAGUACUCUGCCCUCAGGCCCCGCGGCUGGAGACGGUGGAGGGGGGGGUCCCAGGGCCAGGUGUAGGGCCGCGAGCUUCAGCCAGUUCAGCGGGAAGACUUGUUCAUCGCCCAAGAACGAAAAUGCAAGCUCAAGACAAACGGCAGUGUGACAUGCACCGCGUUUCUUUGACAGGUUGGGGUGCUUCACCCAGGCCUCUGGGCUGUAACCGGAGCGGCUCGGUCCGCGUCAUUACCCGUGUCGAUGUUUCCUGGUGUGUGUGGCAACAGUAGAGAGUGAAUCGUCAGCGCCCAUCUCAGAACAGUAACAUUUGUAAUCGCUGGUUUCCGUGCGGGUCAAGCUGCGACGUUCGCCCCGGCUGAAUGGGUGCGUGGCUGUAAUGUCCCCUCACACGACUGUUCGCCUGGAAAAGUGUUGUCAUUUUUACUUUUUGGUAAAAAGUAAUUACUUAGAGAGGCACUGAAGCUUCAUAGCGUAGAAAAGCAAUAAUAAUUACCGCAUUAGGCAGCACAACUGAACAUUACAACAACUUUAAGGAGCUAUGAAAUGAAGCACACAACAUCAUGAGCAGACUAAUAAGGCUUAGUGGCAUUAAGGCUGUCUGGUUUGUAUUUUCCUGCUUUAUGCUCUUCAUGUGUUUUUUCGUUUACUGAUUUUGUAGCUUUUACAGGAGUCUGUUUUCUUUCGUCACUUUGAUUCAGGAAUCACGUCAAACCUUUUCUAGUCUGCGCUCCAAGCGUGUUGUGACUGAAGACAGCGCUGCUGGUACGGAUGGACUAAACAUGCCAACGUGGCACACCGUUAGGCCACACCUUCACGCCGAAGAUGCAGUUUUCAAAAAUAACCAAACCUUUUCUAGAGCCAUGUGGACGUUCACAGCUGUUGGCUGACCUUAGAAGGAAGGAAACGAACACUUACUACUGACCCAACACAAUGGGAACAGUGCAAACACAGUUAGAUGAGCAUGACCUCAUUGUCUUCUUUUAUAAAAUAAACCCUAAUAUAUAGUUUGAACCUCACUCAUAAGAACGGGUUCUCCUGCCUGAAACGUCAACAUGCUGUUGGGUUCCAUUGAUGAUCCAGAAAAACACGUCAGGCUGCUGUUCCCCUUUGGUUAAAUCAGAUUACAAUAUUAUGUUUAAUAAUCAAACCUUUUGGACACUGGGCUGAAAAACUACUCUUCUCUAAACAGUUUUGAAAGAUAAACAUCAAACAAAUUUAGUAGACUGUGGUGCAUUGAGACCCACUCUGAUGAAAAUCAUGUUUUUAACAUGUUCUUGUGGCAUUUUUCUCACAUUGAAAGACAUAUAUGAAGAAAAAAAAAGAUUUCUGAGUAUUUCUUUAUCCAAAUCGUAGUGAAUCGGAAACUAACGCAAAAAACCCCCAGAAACUAUGUCCCAGAAAACGACGCAAGUGUUUGGAUUUAGGCUAAAAACGACAUAUUCAAAAUAGAUCAAAAGACGAUAGAAGUGGGACUUUAAUAACGUGAAAAACAACUAUUAAAGAAAUUAUCGGCGUCUUUUUGUAUCAAAUACAAGAGUUAGGAAAAAGGAAAAGUGGGUCAUGAGUUUUUUUAGAUGCGUGACAAUAAGACGUAUCUAAUCUGGAAGCUGGAAGUACCAAAUGUUGUCGAUUCUCAGAUGGUCACUGUAGGCAGUUUACAGAAGAAAAAAAAUUUCUCCAUUGACUUCAAUGUUAGAACGUCCGACUUUUCAGCAAAAAUAAACGUUUGUACAGCCAGGUUACAUGUUUCCGACAGCUGUAGGCAGUGUGGGUUGAGUUGUUUUUAAUUUUUUUAAAUCAAAUGCUCUGAUUCUAUUAGAACUCCAAUUGAUGCAUGAUUAAGGGUGUGUCUUUUAAACCUGGAGUAGAUAGUCCCUUGAUUGGACUAAAAGUAACUCUACUUCACUUUGUCCUCCUUAAAAGUUUAACGUUAAAUGGAAUUUCUUUUCUUGUCAAACCAAGAUAAUUACUAAAAGCUUUGUUUUACUUUUCAAGCUAGUUUGAACGUCUUCAAAAGGGUUUCUUAAUUGGCUAAAGGUGUCUUUGUCUGUACUGCGUUGAGAAACCCUGGCCUGCUUUCUAAAAGGCAAUAUUGGCUUUAAUGUAACCAGAAUUCCUUGCAGAUUCUCUUCAAGAACUGCAACACGUCAAUACUCAAAAGAGCACUGCUUUUCUAAAACUCUUUAAACCAAUGAAUCUUGAUAAAAAAAAUUAAUUUCCAACUGUAAGGUUGGUGGUUCAAUAUCCGGCUUUGGAUGUUUCUUUGUAGUGUCUUUGGGAAAUGACUUCAUUGUUGCUCUUUUAUAACCUGUUUUAGGUAAACUAGGACCAAAUGUGGUAAUAAAAAAGACUCUACAGACAGGGAAGUUGCAGUUUGCAGCUUUUGUUGUUAAGGCUAGAACUCUGCUAAAAGAAAUACCUCCAACUUUUUGAAUUUUAAAUUCUUAAACUACAAAGUGCCCAAGUUCUCAAGCAAACAGGUUUUUUAAAAUCAAACUCCACCCAUAUUCUCACUGCACUUCAUCUUUGAUCGUGCUUGUGUCUUGAAACGUGUGGGUCAUGGUCGGCGCCGUUGUUUGUGUCUCGCUCAGAAAGGUGUCCUUCUGCAUGAUCACACCUUUAUAGGACGAAACGGGAGCCAUUUUGAAGAUCUUAUGUAGAAGUUGUUAACGUGCCGACAUGCUGUAAACCUUCUUUUCUGUUUCUGAUGCCUUGUAAUCGUUUUUAUUUUCUAACAUCUGUGUGCUCAGCUAGAACUCAAUCACAGACUGUUAACUUCAAAUGUAUUAAGAACUGACUUAAGGAAAUUGUGACAAAGAAAUAUUUGUUAUACAAGCUUCUGUUGUUCAUGCUUACCUUAAGAAAGUGUACACAUUCUUAAAUACAGAACUAUUCCAUGAC